GCGCACGACGAGCUCGCUCGCUUGCUCGGCUCUUUUUCUAGUGGUCACAGUGGAACGUAGCCCUCGUGCCGGCUGGACGCCCGCGCGUCGGAAAUAUGUCGGCGCCCAAAAUAACCACGGCGUAGCACGCAGCAGCAGCCACUGCACUUUCGCCGCGACUGCCGGAAAUCGCGCGAGCUUGCGACCAAACUUUUAUCAGUGUUUUCUUCGGCGACUCGUCCGCGAUCGUUUGACACUUGCUCCAUCCGUGCUCUUCCUUUCGAGGGCCACGACUGUCAGACGCGUGCACAUGGAUUUUCGCAGUGCACUUUACGGGUGAUUUUCUAGUGCUCGGUUCGUCCAAGCUCGCUGUCAGUCUCGUCCACGAUGGGUUAAUAAGCUUCCGUGGGAAACAAGCAGUGAAACUUUGACGACAGAUUAUCGCCGAAAGCAGUAAAUGUCGCAGUAACGAUCGGAAGUGAUUUCCAGGCGAUGGAUGCAGCGAGUAACGCCGAGUAUGAAUGAAGCAGCGCGGUGCGAAGGUGCCUAUGGCAAUAGUAUCGGAGGUCGAGAAUGUAGUCGUGAAAAGAGCGAGCGGUGAGUCGCGCAAUGGCCGACGAAGGCAGCAGCAAGUCCGCGAAGGGGACGGCGGCGCGAGCGCGCAAGCGGAGGCGCCGCGAGGAGCCGACGGAGAAGCUGCCGACGCCGCCGCCGCCGCCGCCGCCGCCGCCGCCGGAGCCGCGCGCGCGGACGGAGAGCGGAGGGCGCCCGCCGCAGCCGAGCGCCUUCCAGCAGCUGGACCGGCUGCACUCGAUGAUGGAGCAGAUGCUGGAGCUGCGCGCCAAGAGCGCCCGGCUGUUUCGCAGGAUCCGCGAGCUGGAGCGCUUCGGGGCGCUGAAGCGGCUGGAGGCGAGCACGCGGCGCACCUUCCUGCGGGCCGAGCUCGAGCCCGCGGCGCCCGAGGAGGACGUGGGCUUCGCCGAGUCGCUGCUCGGCGCGAUGCUCGAGUCGUCGGCGACCUCCUCGGCCGGCAGCCAGUCGGCCGCGGCCGGCUGCGCGGCGGUCGCCUCCCAGCGGGCGGCCCGGGCCAAGAGCUUCCGGGCGCCGGUGGCGCGGCAGCGCAGCCGGUCCAUCGGCGCCGCGGCCGGCGCGCCGGCGCCGCCCCGCGGCGCGGCCACGCGGGCCAGCUGCCACCUCGGCCGCAGCGCCAAGAGGAACUCGCUGGCCGGCGCGCUCGGCUUGGCCGCCGUCCCGCCCAAGGUCAGCAAGUGGACCAAGGUCAAGGCGGCCUUCAAGUGGGAGAAGGCGGGCGCCGGCACCGGCCUCGAGCAGCAGGACGCCGCCAGGUUCCUCAAGAUACCCGACGCGCCGGACGGCUGCAGCGCCGCUACGGCCAACACCACGCCGUCCGACUCGUCGCCGAGGACCGCCGAGCUCUCGGGGCCGCCUAGCCCUGGCACCAUCUCCUCUUCUUCGUCCAUCGACGAUCUUUACGCCGGUGUGCGGAAACGAAUGCACGCAGCAAGACCGACCACGCGAGAGACCGAAGAAGACCCAACUCGUAGAAGUAGAUCUCUAGACGGCGAAAUUAUCAUUCCUCAAAACACUCAACAUUCACGAGAUAGCGUUGUAAGAAGACUGGACAAAGGGCACAAGAGCGCCUGGGGCAUGGUGAAGGACAUUAUUCAAUCUCGGCGGGAAAGCGUGAGGAGACCGCUGCCCCGGGCAAGUUUGCGCAGCGAAGACGGCUACUCUCUAUCGAGCCACGAGUCUUCCGACAUGAUUCACGAAAUUGCCGCGGCAUCGGAUCAAAGCGCCAGCAGCCAGGUGCAGGUGACCGUGUCGGAGAGCUCGCUGCUGAGCGUGGCGUCGCCGAAGCCCUCGAGCCCCGGCGGCAACGGCAGCGAGGUCGUCGACCUCGCCUCGCGGCGACUCACGCCCACCCUGACGAUCACGGUGCCGUCGAGCGAGGAGCUGCGGCUCUCGUCCCCGGAGUCCUGCGUGUCGGCGUCGCCCGUCUCGCGCCGCCGCCAGCUCGACUCGACGGACGAGCGCUCGCCCUCGGAGGAGCCGGACUCGGCUUCCUCGCCUAAGCCGCAGACUGGCCAGGCCAGCGUCGAGCUCGGCAAACGGCGACGCUCCGCGGGCCAGAAUGCCGCCGACAAGCAGCAGCAGCAGCAGCAGCAGCCGCCGCCCAGACUGCAACGCCAGGACUCCAAGUGGAACAAAGUCAAGAGAGCCUUCCUCACGAGUACCUCCUCCGUGCCACCCAGCCCCAGCAGGACUUCGUCAUUUUUCGACGAAACCGACGGAGGGGGCAGCUACAGCGCGAGCGCCGAGGAUUUGGACAACAACGGCGGCGCGAGUCCGAGCAUUCAGAGCGACAUCCAGCGAAACUACCAAAUUCUUCACGACAAACUAAGCGUCGAGUUCAACCGCAAGCUCGCAGAGUGGCAGAACAUGAAGAACGGUCAGUCUUCCGGAAGCACAUCGCGGACGAGCGCAACUUCGCCGAAGGAGAAGGAUUCGGCUAACGCGCUGCUGAUGGGCGAAGAGCAGCUGACUCCCGAAUUCAAGAAGAAACUGCAGGAGUGGAAGCGCAUCAAGAAGACUGGCAGCAAUCCGUCCGGCACGACGUCGCCCGAAAAUCAACUGUUCCGUAGGCGGCUGACCGACUGGCAGAUUUGGCGGACGCCCGCUAAAAGCGAAAGCAAGACUCCGGAAAGCGAGCCUGGAAAAGCGCAUAUGUCGGAAGACUUCAGGAAGAAAAUGGAAGAGUGGAAAAAAAUAAAAUCAACGCGUUCCGACGAAGAGCAAAGUGCUGCUGAAAGAAAAGGUUCGGUCGAGCUAAUCCAGCAGGCGAAACAAAUGAGCGAGAGGUGGAAAACAUUGGACGAAAAAGAAUUCCAGCCGUUAGACAGAGUGAUAGCGAUGAUAGAGAGAGAACAGAAAAUGAUCGAAGAGCAGCGAGAUAGAUUACUAGAUCAUAAACUGAGAUUAAACGAUCCGAGUCGAGUUCUCAACUCGGCGCACGCAAAAAGAGAAGUGCUCGUGCACACGUCCACGGGAUACUACAAAUUCGAAGGAAUCUCUCAAGAAUUCACGAAAAAGUUAUACGAAUGGGAAAAAAGUCAAGGGAUCAAACCUGAAUUUUCAACUUUUCAACUUCUUCAUCCAGCGUACAAAAUUUCCGCGAUCAAUAAAAACGCCGAUGCUAACCACGACACGUAUCCAAGAUCUUUAAAACGUUCCAAGUCCAUGAGUAGCGUCGUGGAGAGCAGUCAACGAGACGAAACUCCGAUUCGACAACCAUCGAGUCUAUCUUUAAACGACGCGACCAAUUUAGAAAACGGAGCUAAACUGAGGAUAGAUUCGAAGCAAACGAUCGCCGACGAGGAAAUGUUGGAGGAGUUGGCGUUGGACGAUUCGGAGCCGGAAGCAGUGAUCGUUGACAUCGAGGACGUCAUUGAGGAAACGGCAAGUCCUAUGGCCAAGUUCCAACCACAACAGACUCCAGUUUACUGUGUGACCGCCAGCGAGACAACCAGUAUUGCCAUACCACUUGGCACUGUAACCGCCAGUCACGAACCGUCGCCUGUUAUUCUCGUACAAGCCGGAGAAACCCAUCACAGAGUCCGCAAGCACUGCCGAUUUUCCACGUCGUACGAUGAACACGAGGAGUCUAAAAACGGUUUGCAGUCACACUCGGAGGCGACGCAGUCUGCAUCACGAGCAAAUAAUUCUGAUAGCAGCGACGACACUCGUAGAAGAAUAUUCGACGCAAACGACAUUAACAUUUGUGAAACGAUAAUCGAAGAGGAAGUUGCAUCUUUGCGCAUAGGAGAGGAAUCUAGCCCCAAUGCGGAGAUGUCGAGUGCCAAGCAAACCACGCACAACGAGCUUUUCGAACCGCUGGAGAGUACGACGAAAACUAUUAAUCCAAUCGUGAAUGCGAACAAAAACACCCGCAACGAUGACAAACCUAAAGAGUCGGCGAAGAAACGCGAGAAUGGAAGUAUAGCUGAGCCAGCGAGUGUCGCAUUGCCGUCGAUUGAUUCGGAGAGAAAGCUAUUCAAAACGUUCAUCACCUCGGGCAGUGUAACGAGGGAGAAUGGCGAUUGCAGUUUCGAAAAAUGCAUCGCAUCCAACGACGUGAUCAUCACUUGCGAUUCCAGAGAAGCACCCAAUAGCACGGAGAUGGACGACGUAAUAAUAACCGUGAGCAGCGACAUGCGACCGAAAAAAGUGUUGAAGACGCGAAGGCUGACGGACACGCAAGUGGGAUACAAAUGGCGUCGAUCGUCCGAACAACUCAACGACAAGUCUGCCGAGCCGAGCGACGAAUUGACCGUGUCGACGUUCCCGGAAAGACCGAGCGUCGAACGAAUCAUCAUCAACGAGAGCACGCUGAAUAAAAUCGUGGUCCCGACGAACUCGAACGAACAGCUGGCGAACGUGGUGCCAUCGAGCGACGCGAGCAAUCCUCAGCAGGCGACCGACGCCCACGAGGAGGAGGCCUACCGCCAAAGAAUAAGCGGCAAGUCCGAGUCGACAAGCGUGUUCGUGAAAACGAAGCGCAUGAUCUUCUCGCCGUUCAGUCGGCGCAACGCCAAAGACAAGAGCGCCGCCAGCUGCAGCCCUCAAAAGCCCGAGGCAGCCGAGGUGGCGGAGCAGCCGCGGCCGGAGCAGCAAGCGCCUCCGGCCUCGGCGUCGGUGAGCAGGAGCUCGACCCGCUCGGGCGUGUCCCAGAGAAUCCUCAACAUCCAGAGGAGCAGAUCGAGCUCCGAGUGUCCGAUCGCGAGCGAAAGGCGCCCGCCGCUGCCCCAGUCGCCGAUACUCGCUCGCAAGGACUACCGCAGGUCGUCGCCGAAGGAAACGGCGCCGAGCAUCCGCAUGAUGAUCCAGCGCUACAACCAGAAGCUCCAGGAGGAGUCGGGCAGUCCGGCCAGCAGCGGCAGCGGCUCGCCCAUCUGGAGGUCCCCCACCAGCGAGCGCAGAGUGCGCAAUCAGAUGGAGAGGUACCAGGAGGAGGUGCGUCGCGCGAUCGCCGGCUCGCCGAGGCGCGGCCCGCAGGACGGAAUGCGCCUGGAGAAGAGCGCCAGCGCCGGCCUCAUCCGGCCGUCGAGUCUGGCGGCGGCGCCGGGCGCCGCGCCGGCCGCGCCGGCCGCUCCGGCCGCGAGCGACAUCCCCGAGCGCGGCAGCGCCGACCUGCCGAGCGAGCCGCGGGCCGUCGGGCCGGACGCCGCCAAAAGGAAGAACAGCCUGCAGAACAAGAGCCCCGAGAUAUUCAGCAGCAUCGAGCAGUGCCUGGCGCCCGAGAGCACCACCCUGCCCAUGCGAGGCGAGGGCCAGAGCAGGAGGAGCUCCGCGGACGGCAGGAUCUCGCCCGAGCUGAUCCACAAGCUGGACGCGCUGAGGAGCGCAGCCGGGCGCCGGCAGAGCGCCUCGCCGGCCAGCGCGCACCACGCCAAGGACGACUUCCUGUCGCGCGGCCCCGGCUGCCGCUCGCACGACCCCUCGAUCGACAGCUCGUGCCGGCUCAGCCAGGCCGGCUCCAGCAGCUCCGUGGAGUUCGUCAAGUCGGCGAGCGCCGGCAUGAUAAACGUCGACUCGCGCACCUACGAGCGACUGCAGACCAACGAGGCGCGCAGCGGCACGCUCAGCAAGAUCGCCAGCAAGUUCCGCAGGGCCAAGCUGCGCAGGGCCAAGGACAAGGACAAGGACAAGAUGAGCACGGUCUCGAUGCUCUGCAGGCAGAGCCUCCUCGUCGACAUCCAGAACGGCGAGAUGUCCAAGAGCUGCCCGACUUCUCCGAGAGACGACGACGAGCACCACUCCAGAUUCAAGCAGCACAGAGAGAGCAGCUGAACUUUCGGCCACCGCCCGCGCCUUCGCAACUUCACUGGUUACCAAAGUAAUUGCCGUCUCGCUAUUUCGACCAAACGUCAUUCUCUGUACAAAAGUUUGUCUCUACGUGCGACGCUUCUUCGCUCUGUGUUAUUUCAUUCAUUAGACUUGUAAGUGGAAAAAAGAGUUCUGUACUCCAAUUGUUGUUUUGCGCUAUUUGUAUUGAUUUUUUAACUACUACUGUAAUAUAUCAAUCGUACCAGUUACCUGCUACUGUUGUGUUAUUAUGAACACGUUAUGUCAAUGAACUUGACUGACCUUUCACAUUUUUUUAUUGUACAAUUACGAUAUAAAACCAGUCUCUAAUAUCACUUUUGGCAUAUUGUCGCAACAUGAAAACAAUUUUCCAAUAUUCUCAAACACAUUUAGCGAAAAUCCUCUUUCUAUCCGAGUGUUGUCUAAUUCUGCAUACCUGGCCAUUUUUAUCAAACGUGGAUAUUACCUUUGCGACACUCCGUGCGGAAAGGUGCGUUUUUCCCGCACGCUCGGCAAAAAACGUGCGUUGAAAAUCGGACUUUCCACACGUCGUAUCAAAAAAUACGGUACGGCACAUAUUCGGGAAUGAGUUUCUCGCUUCGCUCGGACAUAAACGCCACACGAGGCAA